UUUCAAUACCUACGCACUAUUGGGUCCAAUUUUGUAAUUUGUAAAUUAUAGCAACGAAACAAAUAUUUUAUGCAAUUGAUAAUUGUUAAUAUACUCAUUUGAAAUGCUAGAAGAAGUUAUAGUGAGCUCGCGUCCUGAUCGGGUUAUUCGCAAAAAACUAAAAAAUCCAGGUGACUACACAAUAGUUCCUUACGAGGAUUCUCGUUGCAAGAUCAAAAUAACAAACUUAGCUUGCACCAACCAUCUCGGGAAAUGUGAAAUUGAACCAGAAAGCAAAGUUUUCAGCACCAAUUUCGACGGUAACGUACUAAUUGGCGAUUCAGAUUUUUUUAUUGACAAAGACUUUGAGUUAAUCCUGCAGCAGAUGUGCAGCGGAGAAACUUGUGAAGUGAACAUGGUGUAUAGGGAUGGUAGUGGAGAGCUGGUGAAAGAGAUCUCGUGUGACGUAGAGCUGAAGGAAGUGACUGAAGAGCAGCUCAUUAGUGACUGGAGCUGGGAGAGAUUGAUGGAAGCUUCUAUACACCACAAGGAGAAAGGUGUAGAAUUAGUGAAAGAGAAGCGGAUAUUAGAUGCAUUCAGGAGAUUCAGUAAGGCUCUCAAGAUGGUUGUAGCCAUUGAACCUAUAGAUCCUGAAAUCAUUGAUGAGGAAAAAGCAGUUGCAAUUACAGAUCUUAAGGUCAAAUUAUAUAAUAAUUUAGCGCAUUGUCAACUUCAAUACAAUGAAUACGAAGCAGCAUUAGACCUGUGUAAUAGAGCCAUUAAAUAUGACCCAGAAAAUGUGAAGGCUCUAUAUAGAAGAUCGCUGGCGUACACCGGCCUGGAGAUGUAUGUGGAGGCUUGGGCAGACAUACAGCGCGUAUUACAGAUCACGCCGGCCGAGAAAGCAGCUGUACAACAAUCAAGGCAUUUGAAACCGAUAAUUGAUAGGAUUAAUGAAGAUUACAGUAGUGUCGUUAAGAAAAUGUUCUCAUGAGAAUAAAUAUUAUUUAUUGUU